AGAGGAGGGCAGAAGCGGUUUGUGGGGACAUCUCCCAGAGUGAUUCAACUUUUCACCAGCAAAGACUAUGUGAAAGCAACUUUGCUGGGUUGAGCAUAGCUGGCAUUCUCUAAUCUAGCCCUCUAAUCAUUGUCUUCUCUUCGCCCCGACAGAUACCUUCAAGAGGAAGAUGCAUCUGAGAAGAACACUGACACUGGGUACCCUCAUCUUCGUGAUCCUUCUGCUCCCUGAAAAAGGUGGAACUCCCAGAGAGAAUCUCCAAGUGACUGUGUUCCCUAGCAGCUUCAAGGAACUGGGACAGGCUGACACCCUGAUCUGUUCUAUUGCCAACUCUUCCCUGAUUCUCAGCAUCACAUGGCUGCACGACAGGGAGCCAGUGAUCGAAGGUGCAUUGGAGUCCAACUGCCUGCUUUGGUUUUACCAUCCUUUCUGCAAGUUUUAUAACCUCCUCAUCAGCUCCUCUGUCAGUGACUCUUUCAACCAUAAAAUGGACCAUUUGGGGCUUAAGAAGAUGCUUCUCGUGCAUUGGGAGCCUAGUGGAUUUAUCCAAAUACUGGAAGCUGCAGAAAUCCUGGGCUAUGUCCUAGGGAUGAUCAUGCUUCUCUGGAACUUCAUUCCAAUCAUCAUGUUUGUUAAAAGAAGCAUGUUCCCAACCAGAGAUCCUAUGCCUUGAUGGAACCCCCUGUGACUUGGAGAACUACUGCCAUGAAGAACUCAGUUCUCAUUGA